UACACCAGAGUCAAACACAAGACUUGACUCUCAGCCACCGCCUCUCUAGACUUAUUAUUAUUUUAUAUACAAUUUUUCAUCUUCAAAAGCUGCUUGAGAUCAUUAUUUUCAAUCACCAACACACAGAAUCAGAAAGAAAGAUGAACAGCAACAACAAUACUGAAACUCGUCCAGAUCAUAUGGACGAUGAUGAAGAAGAAGUUGCACUCCCAGGGUUUCGUUUCCACCCAACUGAUGAAGAACUUGUAGGGUUCUAUCUUCGAAGAAAGAUUGACAAGAAACCACUCAGUAUUGAGCUCAUCAAACAAGUUGAUAUCUACAAAUACGAUCCAUGGGAUCUUCCAAAGCCUAGCAGUGUUGGAGAGAAAGAAGGAUACUUCUUUUGCAAAAGAGGGAGGAAGUACAGGAAUAGCAUAAGACCAAAUAGAGUGACGAGGUCUGGAUUCUGGAAAGCAACUGGCAUUGAUAAGCCUGUGUACUCAAAUGGAGGAGAAGGCAGAGACUGCAUUGGGCUCAAGAAAACUUUAGUAUACUACCGAGGAAGUGCAGGAAAAGGCACCAAAACCGAGUGGAUGAUGCACGAGUUUCGCCUCCCCGCCAACGAUAGCAACACCACCAACCUUGUCAACGCUAAAAGCUCUGCCCAAGAAGCGGAAGUUUGGACACUGUGCCGAAUUUUCAAGAGAAAUGUGUCGCACAGAAAGUACACACCAGAUUGGAGAGAAAUAUCUAACAAACGUCAACCAGUUGCAAUUGACAUAAGCUCUAAGACAUGCAGUGUGGAUUCUAACAGUCGAGAAAACUACCUUAGUUUUGGUGCUCCACGCAUUCAAUAUAGCGAUAAGAAGCCUGUUAUUAAUCAUGUCAAUGAGAGGAAACAGUUGCAUGCAGACCAACUGAGCUCUAUAACUCAGCCUCCAUCUAUGGCAUCCUCGUCGAAUAUUUCAAGUCCUUACGAGAAUGAGGUCUUCGCUUAUGGUGAUUGGGAUGAACUUAGAUCAGUUGUGGAGUUUGCUUUUGGUCCUUCACUUCUGUAAAUAUUUCACUAGUUAUAUUAUGGCGAUUUCUAGCACGUACUUUAGAUUGCAGGUUGGUUUUGUUUAUAUAUGAUCCUAUAAAAGACCUUCACUUACCAUGAACUAAUUCAGCUCUGGAUUGAAAGCUAAUUAAUGUAAUCUAUAUAAUGGCUUGUUUUUUUUUGGGAAUGUUCAUGGAAAUUGAAUUAGGCGAUUUUAAUUUUAUAUAUGCAGUUGUGUCAAA